CCUUUCCCCCCACAACAAACAUCACUACUUCCACUGAAUUCCACUUUACCUGAAAAAUCCCAGAAAACAGAAUUCUCAACCACCGCCCCCCCCCCCAAAAAAAAAAAAAAAAAUUCCCCAAAAUCCUCUCCCCACCAACAUUCCCCCACAUUCCUGAUUUUCCCAAGAAAACAAAUUCCCCAGAAAACAGAAUCCCAAAAAGAAAAAGAAAAAAGAACAGUAGUAGUACUAGUAAUGGAGAAUUCAACUCAAGAAUCCCAACACCAACAAAACUCGAUAACCCACGAGGCCCCAUACCCACUCUACUCCCUAGCGAUCUCUCCGUCGCCAACUCGGUCCCACCACUACCGCAUCGCCGUCGGCAGCUUCAUCGAGACCUACAACAACCGGGUCGACAUCCUCAGCUUCGACCCGGAGACUCUCUCUCUCAAGCCUCUCCACCCUUCUCUCUCCUUUGACCACCCGUACCCGCCGACGAAGCUCAUGUUCCACCCGACCGCCACGUCGUCGUCUUCUUCUCCCUCGAACCCUAACCCUAACCCUAACCUCCUCGCCUCCUCCGGCGACUUCAUCCGCCUCUGGGACCUCCGCGACCACUCGAUCGAGCCCCUCUGUGUUCUCAACAACAGCAAGACCUCCGAGUUCUGCGCUCCGCUCACUUCGUUCGAUUGGAACGAGGUCGAGCCGAAGCGAAUCGGGACUUGUAGCAUCGACACGACCUGUACGGUCUGGGAUAUUGAGCGCUGCGUCGUCGAGACUCAGCUGAUUGCGCACGAUAAGGAGGUUUACGACAUUGCGUGGGGGGAGGCUAGGGUUUUCGCUUCGGUUUCGGCCGACGGCUCGGUGAGGAUUUUCGAUCUGAGAGAUAAGGAGCACUCGACGAUCAUCUACGAGAGUCCUCAGCCCGAUACGCCGCUGCUGAGAUUGGCGUGGAACAAGCAGGACUUGAGGUACAUGGCGACGAUUCUGAUGGAUAGUAACAAGGUUGUGAUUUUGGAUAUCCGGUCGCCGACGAUGCCGGUGGCGGAGCUGGAGAGACAUAAGGGUAGUGUGAAUGCGAUUUCCUGGGCGCCUCAGAGUCCCAGGCAUAUUUGUUCGGCUGGGGAUGAUACUCAGGCUCUGAUUUGGGAGCUCCCGACUGUGGCGGGACCCAAUGGGAUUGAUCCUAUGUCGGUGUACUCUGCCGGGUCGGAGAUUAAUCAGCUGCAGUGGUCCGCCGCCGUGCCUGAUUGGAUUGCCAUCGCGUUUUCGAACAAAAUGCAGCUCUUGAAAGUUUGAGAUUCCUUAAUGGUGGCGAGGAAGGCUUGUAACCUAAUAGCCUUGCCCUGGGCUUGAUUUGUCCUUACAUUGCAGCUAGUGGACGGAAAUAUUUCUGCUAUUACUGGUGAGGGAUCUCUUGAUUCUCUUGUAAUGUAAGGAAUGCAGAUCUCUUCUGUGUUUAGUACCUCAUCAGUUAAUUGGAUAACAUACUCUUAGUAGUAGGAUGUAGGUGCAAUUCAUGUAUUUUGGACCAAUGAAAGCUAACUGUUAUAGAGUGUUCACCAUUCUCACUUUA